AUGCCCAACGGCGACAUCCACGUGCCUAUCGUCUUCUGCGGCUUGAACUGCCCUGUUGCCGUGCAACACCGCCCGGUAUGGCAACGUCCCGGCCUCAAGAUUGUGUCUCCCUACGACUCGGAGGACGCUCGCGGUCUGUUUAAGGCUGUCAUCCACGCCCGAACCCGGCUGUAUGUCUCGUUCUCCGUGUCCAAGGAGGCCCAGGACAAGGACUUUGUGAUUGAGUUUGGCAAGGCCAAGGUCAUGAUGCCGGGCACGAACGUCACCGUAGUUGCCUUCUCCCGCACGGUGGGCGAGGCCCUUAUGCCCUUGUUAAGAGGGAACCGACGCCGAGUGAGCAACCUAGGUUCUAUCCGGCCGUUCGACCGCCAGGCUAUCAUUGACUCUGUGAAGACGACCAACCACAUUGUUUCCAUCGAGAAGGGCUGGGGCCAGAGCGGCAUUGACGUCGAGAUUGUUGGUAUCAUUAUCGAGAUGGAGGCCUUUGACUAUCUGGACAUUUCCCUUGAGCGCAACCUGGGCAAGGUGUACCUCCCGCAGGUUGAGGACGUCGUUGCUGCCGCAAAGCACACCCUGGCGCCCAACCUGUAA